UGGAGGAAUUCCUGAAAUAGCAACUGCGGGAAUUCACAGAAGUCACAAGAUGGAAGAUUCUCAACACACCUUUUAGCCAAUAAGAUCGUUUUUUUGUCGCCUCUGAAAUACCUGUGUUCGUUAAUCACUUCCUCCUCGAGAAGCUUCUUCAUCAGACCGUGGUCUGGUAAAGGUGGAGAUCAUUCACUCUUUGGGAUCCGACGAGCAAGGAGCUCGGUUCUGUAGUAUACUUCCUGCGGCACUUUAGGCCUAACAGUAGUAUCGGUGAAUCAAGAUGUCCAGCAAGACAACAUAUUACUCGUACAAGAGUUCGUCUGGUGGAGGAGGGGGCGACUAUUCUCUUGAGUAUGGAACGGACAUUGGGGCUAUGACUCGUCUAGAGGAUAAAAUCCGUCUUCUCCAGGAUGAUCUCGAGGCCGAACGUGAGCUACGACAAAGGGUGGAGAGAGACAAGGGGGACCUCUCGUUACAGGUGAUGCAGUUGACUGAACGACUCGAGGAGGCUGAGGGGAGCAGCGAAAGUCAGGUAGAGUUGAAAUCUGUAGUCAAUAUUAGACAAAGUUACAUGAUACACGUUUGUUUACUGGUCGUUUUACCCUGUUUCUGUAGGAUUGAACGAGAAAAGCAGAAGUUCCAGUCUGAAGUGUACGAACUGUUGGCUCAAGUGGAGAGUGCAAAUAAAGAUAAACUUGCCUUUCAAAAAACUGUGGAAAAACUCGACAUCCAGGUGCACGAACUGCACGUUCAAAUAGAGGAAUUGAACCGUACUGUGAACGAAGUCACUUCCCAGAAAACCCGGCUCAGCUCAGAAAAUACGGAGCUUGUUAAGGAAAUCCACGAGUAUAAAAUCUCCUUGGAUAAUGUCAACCACGUUAAGACGCAGUUGGCCACCCAGCUUGAAGAAACGAAGCGCCAUCUAGAGGAUGAAGAAAGAAAACGAUCCAGCUUGGAGCAGCAAGUACAUACUUUGGAACUGGAAGUAGAAUCCUUGAAAGUCCAGAUUGAAGAAGAGUCUGAGGCUCGACUGGAAAUGGAACGACAACUAUCUAAAGCUAACGGCGAGGUAGCUUCUUGGAAAUCCAAGUACGAGACAGAAGUUCAGGCUCACCAGGACGAAGUGGAGGAAUUACG